GGAACUAAAAGUUAUGGCCGCGGGUUUGGAGCACCAUGUGUGAGUCCUAAGGAUGGCCAAGGAGUUGAGUCAGGAAGAGGUGCUGGACUUUCUGUGUCAGAGCGGGGGUAAAGUGGCCAAUGCUUCCCUACUGGUUCACUUCAAGCGCUUCUUAAGGGACCCACAGGCGGCGGAUGCGGUGCUGCUAAAACGGAGAGACAAGUUCAAGCGUUAUAUUAACUCGGUGGCUGUUGUCAGGCAGGAGGGCAGUGUCAAGUACGUGGUGCUCAGGAACAGGUAUCAGGACCUGCUGGGAGAGGACAUUGAGCCGGCAGCAGCUGAAGAUGCGGGGAGCGAGGGGGAACGAGAUCAAGUUGUGCUUCCGACAGAGCACGGACAAGACUACCUGGCACAUACAUUUGGACAGGAGCGGCUCAAACAAGCGAAUGGGGGCGACGUGAUCUGUGACUGUAGUGAAGCGAGAGCAGUGGUCCCUUCAGCAGCCCCUCACUCUCACUCUCAGUCUUGGGACGUGGGGGAAUCUAUGAGCGAGAAGGCGCGGGUCAACCCUUCACAUUGGGAUACAAAACGCUAUUACCCCGAGGAUCCGCCAGUACCAGACAGUCUCCCAGUCUCGCCUCCCUGCACUAACACCCGGCAGUCCAGCUUCACUUCCACCUCCCGGCCACACAACCACUCCUUGUCCUCUAACAACCUCUCCUCGUCCUUCUCCUCGCCAGAAAGCCCUGGUCUGGUAGCCAAGCCCUAUAAUGCUAGCCCUUCGCCUGCUGGGAGUAGUCCCAACAUUAGGGAACAGACACCUAAGAGCCAGAGCCUCAGCAAAGCCGCAAAUGCUGCUUUUGUCAGUGUCACCUGCACAGAUAUAAAAGAACAAAGGGAAGGUUGCACUGAACUUCUAGCACCCCAACCCUGCCAGAACUGGGAUUAUUCACAGCCAGAGCAGCUCCACAGUGCCCAAGAACAUCAUAGUGAUUUGCACAGGGAACACAUGACAAAUGGCUUUCAUUCGCCAGAUCCUCUUUCUUCCAAGUACCCACAUCUCACAUCACCUUGCACUCCCCUCCAACUCUCGCCUGAGACUGAUACAACUCCAGAUGUGCCGCUGGCACAUAAUCUGGCAGCAGUCUCCUACCCUUCCCCUCCUCUUCCUGGGAAUGAUAUGUAUGGUAUGUGGAUGUGCCAGAUCCCUGUGUUUAAAAGUAUCAGGUGCCAGCUUUCCCUGCAGGAUUUGGAUGACUUUGUUGACCAGGAGACCUGUGGUAGUGAAGAGAGUGACAGUGGUGAGGGUGGUGAUUGUGACACAGAACCCAGGGAUAAUGAUGAUGCUGAUGAUGAUACCUUCUCUAGUGACUCACACAAGGAAAUACCUAAGCUUUGUGUUGAACAAGAAUCUGAGUAUCUACAUAAGUGUCACUCAAACAUAGAUUAUAGUGGCAAAAAUGAUCUGUAUAAUAGCCUGCUAGAGGAGGAUAGGAUAGGAGUGAAAGACACACUUGUUGAGCAUGGAGAUGUGGCAAGUAUGAGAAUUGACACCAGUAAAUCUGUAUACACUGCAAAAUCUUUCCUUACAGACCAGGCACCCAUUUUGUUUGAAUUAGUAAGAAAUGCACCACCAAACAAAACAAGCUCAUGUUUUCAGGGGGCUCUUUCAUCAUCUGAUGAGGAAUUGCUUGACAGGGAUUACAGAAAGAGAAGGAGGUCUUCACGUUACAAGAAAUCAGCCAAUGUCUCUGUACCGUGUGUCCAGCCUGAUACAGACAGGCUUCUUACAGCUAAGUGUGUAAGCUCUAGCAGUUUCCUUAUAAAUAAUAACCUCCAGGAACAAAGUACGCAAGCACAGUUUCUACCAAAAUACAACAGUAAUUUUGGCCUCAAAAAAUCUGCAAGUCAGAAAUCUUCUGUGGUACCCCUAGAUCCAAAAGAACAUGACUGGAUUGUUAAAACAGCCGCUGGGUUAUGGAUUCAGGUUUACGGCAUGUUUAGCAUGGAUCCUCACUUGGCUUUGCACAAAGAUUUCAUCACUGGCUACACAGCUUUGCACUGGUUUGCAAAGCAUGGUUGCAUUGAUUUGUUUAAUAAGGUUGUUAUUGGUGCCAAAAAGGCUGGAAUAGAACUGGAUAUGAAUGUGAAAUCCAGCAAUGGAUACACCCCUUUACAUAUUGCUGCUAUCCAUGGGCAUCAUAAAGUUGCUAUCAUGCUGGUUGAGAAACUUAAAGUGAAUGUGAAAGUGAGGGAUAACAGCGGAAAGAGGGCUUGGCAGUACCUGAAUAGUGCAACUUCUGGAGAUGUGUGGCAACUUCUUGGUGCACCAAAAGGGAAAACUAUAUUUGCAUCUUGUGCCUUACAUACUGCUCAGAAUUUAAAUAUACGCAAUAAAACAUCUAGCCAGCUUGCCAGAAAAUCCUCUCUGGCUGCUUUCCGUAAGACCCAACAUCAGAGACGGAAAGCAAACAACCAAUCUUUCCUGAGGGAAAGGGAGAUCUAUAGUGAUUGAAAGGUGGCAAACAAAAAUAACCUGUGCUCCCAUAUUAUAUAGGCAUGGGAACAGUACCCUCAUUCUGAUUUAUGCAGAUACAUAUUUAUUUACAAAGCCAUGCACUGAUAUGCACAGAUCCAUAAUUUGUUUGCGUUCAGUCAAGUUUAAUGUUAAAAGCAGACUUUGUUUUCUAGUGUGCUAGAUGAAUGUGCAAAUUUUGUAAUUUCCAUUUCCUUCCUCCUUUAUUUAGACAUAUAUACAAAAGAAAGGUAGUUGACUUGCUAUCCCUCAGAUAAUUAAUAACUUAUGAAGUGUAUAGCAGGGAUUUCUACAGUUUUUAGCUAACCUUUGCUUUGCCGAAGAUGAUGGGAGUUGCUGUUAAAGCUGAGCAGUAGCUAACUAGGCUAUUUUUUCUUCAGAUAUUUGGAAAGUAGCUGCAAUCAGGUUUUUAACUAAAUAUUUUGGUAAUCAUCAACGACUGCUCUAAAGCUAUCAUUCUGUCAUUUCUGUAUAUAAAAAGCACCCUCUCCAACUAAUAAGUAAGUACAGGUUUCCAUUAGAGUCCUUUUAUUGUACUGUGUAAGUAUGGCUUCUUUUAUCCGGAAACCUAAAUACCUCUUUCAUUUUUAAAAAAUUAGUUUUGCUCUGUAAUAAUAAUAGUACUUAGUACUUCAUGGUUAUUAAACUACAUAAAUCCAUACUGGGGCAAAACAGCUAAAAAAACCCAAAAAUGUUAGUAGAACUUAAACAGAAAACCCCAGGUCCCAAGUAUUUUGUUUAAUAGAUCCAAUACCUUUACAAGCACAUAAUCUCAUCUAAAUAAGUUAUGUACAGGGAUGGGCGGAUUUUUUCGCCUUGUUUUGCCGCGAAAAUGACGCCCAUAGACUUGUAUGGCAUCAUGCA